UGGGGGCCGACAUAUCAGAAAACCUGUCUGAAGAUCUCCCCUGGCCUGGCCGGAUCUGAAGUCUCAGGAGGAAAGGCCACCGGGGGUGGGCGGGUCUCUAAGCACCCCACUGGGCCAGGUCCCUGCAGGGGACAACCAGAUCCCAGCCUAAUCUCAGUGGGCUUGGUCCUGGGCCAGCAGGCCAGCCCCCCAGGGCAUUCAGGGCUCAUAAAGCCUGGGCUGGAAAAGCCACCUCAGCUGUCCUGCUAAGAACCAUUGUCCACGAUGCUGCACCUGCUGGUGGCCGGCUGGGUCUUCGCCUUGCUCGGGGUGUCACCAGGCCAGGCCGAGGUCCCCAUCCAGCCCAACUUUGACGCCAGCCAGUUCCAGGGCACCUGGUAUGUGGUUGCGGUGGCAUCGGAUGACCAGGGCUUCCUAGACUCCAAGGACAACCUGAAGAUGCCCGUGGUCUUGGUGACCCCCUUGGCAAACGGUGACCUGGCCCUCAAGUUUGGGUACUCUACGCCUGAUGGCGGGUGCCAGAAGGUGGACACGACCUUCACCAAGGGUGCUGUGGAUGGGCAGUUCAGCAACAAUGCCUUGGCGCAGACGGACAUCCGCGUGGCGUCCACCGACUACGAGCAUUUCGCAGUGCUGUACGUGGAGACGCAGAAGGAGGGCGUCAGGAGCGUCUGGCUGCAGCUCUACGCCCGCGUCCCGGAGCUGUUUCCUGAGGGCGCCCAGAAGAUGCAGCAGCUGGCGCCCCAAAUAGGCCUGAACCCCAGCCAGGGUGCCCUGCUGCCCUCAUCAGACCAGUGUGCUGGCGCCUUCUCCUAGGUGAGUACCCAGGGCCAGGCCUGGACACCCCUCCCCAGACCGUGCAGUGCCCCGUGCCCCAUGCCCCAGGGUCCCUCCUGGCCAAACGGCUGCACAGUGGGGGUCCUCAUCCUGGGAGCAAGGUGGGGACCGUUCCAUGGAAUCAAGGGGGGACAGCAAGCAGCAGUGGGGAGGGACAGAGU